AUGAAUGCUAAAAAACGAAAAUCCAAAGACCAUACUGACUCCAAUGCAAUGUCGAAUUCUGAUACUAGUCCUGAGUGUAAUGAUACUUCUAGCGAUGAAUCAUUAAGUAAAGAUAAUAUUAGUGCAGACCUUAAUAUUAUUACAAAUCAUUCUGAUAAAACUAGUGAUACAGACCAUUCUAAUAAAAAUAAUAAUCUAAACUGUUCUAAUAAAAAACCUGGUAAUAAACCUAAAUUGCGAAAAAACCCUAGUUGGGUUUGGCA